CAUCUGCUCUUCUUCCCCCUUCAGUCGGUGGAGGCCGGGUUGGUUCAUGGUUUAAGACUGUGACUGUCGGCGGGUCGCGGGCAGCGGAAUGAACACGCAUACAUCUCAUUGGUUGAAUGUAGAAUACUGGUUUUCGUGGGUAUGUCGAAGAGCUGGGCCAGUCCACCUACAGCGACUGAUGGAAGAUGUGCACAGCCAGGCGAAGAAAGAGUUGAGAAUGGUCUGAUUGGGAGAGGUUCACCAGCUGCUGAGGAAAGAGCCAUAAUAAUGUUAACAGGUCUCACACUACUCAUAUAUACCCUAUUUUAUCUCUCUACCCAUCCAGCCUUCAUUUGGGGGAAUGAAUUUAAGCCAGCAUCAGCCUCACCAAUGCUCCACAAUAAGCCAUUUAUUGUGGUUUGGAACACACCUACUGCAGGGUGUAAAACAAAAUUUGAUGUUGAUUUGGAUCUGAGUGUCUUUGAUAUUGUUGAAAAUGAAAAUGAGACCUUUGUUGGAAAGAAUAUCACCAUAUUUUACAAGAACAAAUUAGGACUUUACCCAUACUACACCAGUGAGAGGAUCCCAGUAAAUGGUGGUCUUGUGCAGAAGGCUAGUCUGUCCGACCACCUCACAGUAGCUUCAGAUGACAUUUCCACGGUACUGGACAAAGACUUCCAUGGGCUUGCAGUGAUAGAUUGGGAAGAGUGGCGACCAGUUUGGGAACGUAACUGGGACCAUCUGCAUAUCUACAAGGAAAAAUCUGAAGAACUAGUAAGAAAUGAAUACCCCCAUUUACCUGAAAGUAAGAUUCUCCAGAUUGCCAAAAAGGAAUUUGAAAAUGCUGCGCAAGACUUUAUGAAACAAACACUAAAACUCGGACAGACUCUGAGACCAAAGGGUUACUGGGGCUAUUACAAAUUUCCAGACUGCUACAAUUACUUUAAAGAAAAUGAAGCCAAUAAUUACACAGGCCAUUGCAAAAAGGAAGAUAUCUCUAGAAAUAACGAGUUAGCAUGGCUCUGGAAGGCAUCACGAUGCCUAUAUCCAAGUAUCUACCUCCCUGAGAAGCUAAAAUCCUCAAAUAAAGCUCAAAAGUUUGUUCACUACAAGAUUAAGGAGGCUCUCCGUGUUGCUGCCCUUGAUUCAGCUAAUGAUGCUCUGCCUGUUUUGGUUUACUCCAAAUACUCAUACAUAAAAACACUUGACUUCCUAACUGAGAUUGACUUAGUACACACUAUUGGAGAAAGUGCAGCCAUGGGAGCUACUGGAAUAGUUUUAUGGGGCGAUAUGGAGUUUGCACGUACAAUGGAGCGCUGUGAAGCACUGAAGAAUUACAUUGACCAGGAACUUGGAAGAUACGUUCUAAACACUACUACAGCUGCCUUGUUGUGCAGCAGGGUUAUAUGUAAUGGACAUGGACGUUGUGUGAGGAAGGACCCGGAAUCUAGAACUUAUCUGCAGCUUGAUCCCAGAAGCUUUGAAGUUCUCUAUGUUCCCAGUUCCACUGGUCCUGCAUUAACAGCCCGUGGAGAAUUGCAUUCUGAAGAUGUGCAAAGCAUGAAGGAAACGUUCACAUGUCAGUGCUACAGGGGAUGGAUAGGGCCCCAUUGUCAGGGAAAAUCAAUAUUUUAGAUUGGGAAAUCAGAUUUCUUUCUUCCUUCUUUUUAGUAGAGUCAUAGUCAUAGAGUUGUACAGCACAGAAACAAGCCCUUCGGUCCAACUCUUCCAUGCCAACUAGAUAUCCUAAAUAAAUCUAUUCCCAUUUGUUUGGAUAUCUGGUCGGCGUGGACAAGUUGUGCUGAAGGAUCUGUUUCCAUGCUGUAGGGUUCUAUGAACUAUGACUCUAGGUUAGUGAAACAUGAUUUCCCACGCAUAAAGCCAUGUUGACUAUCCCUAAUCAGUCCUUGCCUUUCUAAAUACAUGUAAAUCCUGUCCCUCAGAAUUCCCCCAUACAACCUACUUCAACUUGAACUCCUUAAAUACUGCAGCGAAAUGGUCGGUUUUCUCACAUGAGGCCAGAGUGAGUUUCUCAAUAGGCUCAUUCAAUUGUUGCAUUUCCAAUGUAUCCUUUGCAAAGGGCCACCAGGAAACUGCAUUUGGGAACUGAAGCUAUCAAGUGAAUGUUGAUCAGUGGUUGGUCAAGCAACAGAGUUACAGGUUGUCCAGUUUCAAGGAUGCUAUGGUUUUGACACCCAUCCUUACUUGUAUUCAACAGAUUCACAACAGACAUCAAAAUUCACCAAUCUUUGGUCUUGGGAAUUUUGCCCAACCAGGACAUGGGCAGACUGUUGGGUGGGUGCUCAUAGGGGAAAGGGAAUCACCACCGUGAUAGGAUAAGGCUAGUCCAGCAGUGCUGCAGGAUAUAUCUGUGGAGCCAGAAGUAGUAUUCCUGUAAUUCACCACAAGUAAAAUCAAAAUCUUUAAGCCCUGAGUGCCAGUAUCUGUUAGCAGAGAGUUUUCAUUCUAUCCUCCGCAUAGGCUUUCCAUAAAAUUAAAAAUCACACAACACCAGGUUAUAGACCAACAGGUUUGUUUGGAAGUA